AUGUCUAAAAUAAGAAAAAAAUUACUAGAAAAUAAAAAAGAAAUUGGAUUUUGUUCAUGUGUAAUCAAGGUAAAAGAGAAGAAAGAGAUUGAGGAAAAUAAAGACAUUAAUGGUAAUAAAGCCAAAGUAUGGCUAGAACACUUCAAUGAUAUAAUAUCAGAAGAUAUAAAAAAUAUGAUGAAUAAUAAAAAUAGAUUAAAAUUACAUAAAUCCUUAAAUUUAAUAAAUAAUUUACAAUUAUAUAACAACAGAGUGGGUGGUAAAAAUAUUAAUGUCUUGUUGAAUAAUCCUUUCGGUUUCGAUUUGAAUAAAAUUGUUAAUGAAAAAAUUAAAGAAAAAGAAAAUCAAAAUAAUAAUAAUAAUUUUGAUGAUGAUAAGGUAAAUAAUUCUACAGAAUUAUCUAGGAAUAAUACAAAAGUCUCAUAUGAUGAUUAUAUAUGGAAUAAUGAAAUGAAAAGAUAUAUGAGUUUAAAAGAAUCACAGAGUGUUUAUCAAUUUAAUGGAACAAAUAGUAAACGAAAUAAAACAUGUUUUGAUGUGUCCAAUUCGAAUCAUCAUAAUAGAUCAAUGAACGAUAAAAUGAAAAUUUUAAAAUCAGAAAAUUUAUAUAUAAAUAACAAUGAUGAUAAUAAUAGGUAUAACAUUUCUUUAAGGAAUGUAGAUGUGCAUAAUAAUUUGAGUAUAUCAAAGAAAAAAGAGGAAUCAACCAUUUUUAAUAAUAAUAAUAAUAUUGAUGAUGAUGAACAUACAAAAAAAAAAGAAACAUAUUUAAAAAUAUCAAGUAAUAAAAAAAAUAAUAAUAAAAUAACGUACGAUUUCAACCAUAUAAAUCAACGAAAUAACUAUAAUUAUCAUGGCUUAUAUAUAAAUGAAAAAGAAAAAAAAGAUAGACUAAAUAACGAAAUAUUUAACGAAUCAUAUGACAUUAAAUAUAAAACAAUACAACAAAAUUAUAAUAACAUAUUAAUUAUACAAGACAAAAAUAAUAAGAAAGCUAAAAUUGUAGCAAAUAAAAAAGUGGAAGUAGGUCAAAUACUUUUUAUAGAACAUGAAUUAUUAGAAACAGCUAUUUUGUUCGAUGAUUUAUGGGAAACUUUUAAUAUGCUUAAUGAAGAUCAAAAGAAACAAAUUGAUUAUAUUAUUCACUUGAAAUAUUAUAAAAAUGAAUAUGACAAUGUUACUAAUAUUAAUAAUAAUGAACCUGUUAUAAAAGAGGAUGGAUAUUUAAAAGAGAAGAAAAAUAUACCACAUAGAAAUGAUAAUAAUACAAAUAAUGAUCAUCAUAAUAAAAAUAAUAUGACUAACCAAAACGCCAUGGUUUUUAAAGAAUUUACAAAUAGUAAUAAUAAUAAUAAUAAUAAUAAUAUAUAUAAAGAAUCAAUAAACAAUUUUAGAAAUGAUAGAUUUAUUGAUAAAUUGAUACAAUUUGAAAAAUUUACUGACAUUUUAAAAAAUUCAUUUAUUUCUUCAAGUAAUAAAAGUAAAAUAAAACUUUUUAAACAUGCAUCAUUUUUAAAUCAUAGUUGUUUUCCAAAUGCUAGCUAUUGUUUUAUAGACGAUAAAAAUAUAUGCUUAUUAGCUAUGAGAACAAUAAAUAUGUAUGAUGAAAUAACUAUUUCUUUAAUAAAUGAAUUGUAUACAUCUAUUCAAUAUAGAAAUGAAAAAUUAAAUAAAAUAAAGAAUAUUACUUGCUCAUGUAAUAGAUGUUUACAAAUAAUUGAUGAAGAAAGGAAUAUACUUUGUGCAGCCUGUAAAUACUCUUAUGUUAGUAAAAAAAUAAAUCAAAACUAUAUGCCCACAAUUAUGUAUCAACAAAAAAAUUUUAAACAAAAAGAUGACAAAAAUGAAAAUGAUAUGGAAAAUCAAUCACAUAAUAAUAAUUUAUUAAAAUAUAAUACAUUAAAUGGUGAGGAAAAAAAUAGUAUCAAUACAACUAAUUAUAAAAAUAAAGAAAUAUUCGAUGAAAAUAAUUUAUAUAAAUAUAGUAAUACUACAAAUUAUAACGAAACGCACAUAAACGAAUAUGAAUAUAAUAAUAUAAGUAAAAAUAAUUUAGGAAAAAAUAAUAUUGUUUCUGAAAAAAUUCAAGGAAAUAUAACUUACCCUUCUGAUAUAGCAUACACAAAUUUGUUAAACGACAGUGAGGAUUCAAAAAUACACAAUGCUGAUAAUAUAAACAAAUCACAAAAUUUAUUAUUUGGAAUGAAAUAUAAAGAAAUAUCUCAAAAUAAAUUAGAUCAUGAAAAAAGACUUGAUGAAAUAUAUGUUGAACAUCACCUACCGCGUAAUAAUAAAUCCCUUCAUAAUAUUUGUAAUAAUAAUACUUUUUGUUUAGCUAAUGAAAAUGUUUAUGACUUUAAUAAGAGCAAAACUGAGCUUAUUAUUAAGAAUAAUAUAAAAAAAAGAACUAAUAAAAAAGAUAAUAUAGAAGAUCCUAAUAUGUUUAAUUCUGAGAAUGUCCUCUUAUCAUCAACAAGUUUAUACAAUAAUAAAUAUAAUAAUGACAAGAAUAACAGGAAUAAUAAAUAUAAUAAUAUUAAAAAUUAUGGAUGUAAUAAUAAUAACAUGGGUAUAGAACAAACCCGUUGUUUAACAAAUAAUAAUAUAAAUUUAAACGUUUUAUGUAAUUCUCAUUUGCCUUUUAGCAUAAAACUAAAAAAUAAUUUUCUUCAUAUUUUAAAUGUCAAAAAUGCAGAGGACGAAAAAAUAGGUUAUUGCAAAUUUGUUAAUAACGAAGAAUGGAUAUGUGCUAUAUGUAAUAAUAGUAUAUCUAAAUACGUUAUGCCUUUAAAAAGUGAAUAUUAUUUUAUUAUUCAAUAUAAUGCUAUAAAAGAGAAAAUAAAUACUAACAAUUUUGAAUUAUCUAUACUUAUAAGUAAUAUAGAAGAAACCUUAUCAUAUAUAAUAAGCAUAUUAGGUGAGAAACAUUGGCUAUAUGCUUCAUUUAAUUAUAUUAUAGCAGAUAUUUGUUUUUCAUUAUAUACUAUGAAUUCAUUAAAUGAAAAUUAUAUUUCGACCUGCUUCAAUGCAUUCUAUAAUUUUUUCUAUUUUAUUCAAAUUCAAUGUCCCCAGGCCAUUCAUACCGAUUUAGUUCCCUUAGUUUUAAAGUUUUUUAUUAUAUGUAUAUAUACAGGCAAUUAUAAUACGAUCUAUAAUUUAGCUACAUCAGGAUUCUUAGAAUUAAUUAAACAAAAGUAUGGUUCCUGGGAUGUUUCUUAUAUUUGUCUGCAGCGAGCAUUCAAAAUGUGUUAUGAGCACAUGCAUAAUAGAAAAAUUAUGGACAGGACUACAAUAUUGACGUUAGCUGAUAUGGCAAAUAAUAACAUAUUAAAUAUGGUGCACUGA